CGGGACUCCACUAAUAAGUUACUGAUCAAUCAUAAUAUCUAUUAUUACCACGAUUCUGCGACUUACCAGUCACCAACUCCGGCGCUAUACGCACACUAUGGCGAAUACCAUGGAAUUGGUCCAGACAGGCAAACGCGAUCGUCUCAUAGAGCUGGAAAAAAAGUAUCAAACAAAAUGGCAGGAGGAUCGUAUAUUCGAAGUUAAUGCCCCUUCACCCGACGAGCUGAAGGGCUUGUCACCGGCCCAAGUCCAGGACAAAUACCCCAAGUGGUUUGGCAAUUUCCCUUACCCAUACAUGAACGGCUCUUUACAUCUAGGACACGCAUUCACCAUCUCGAAAAUUGAAUUUGCUGCCGGAUAUCAGAGACUAUUAGGCAAGCGUGUCUUAUUUCCUCAUGGUUUGCAUGCAACGGGCAUGCCGAUCAAGGCGGCUGCUGACAAGAUAAUUCGUGAGAUGGAGAUGUUCGGCCCCGAUUUCGAACGAUUCGACGAAGGCGUGCAAGACGAUAAACCUAUCAAAGCCGCGCCAGACGGCCCAGCUGUGCCUUCAGUAGCAGUCGGGAAAGCUACGAAGGGCAAGAUUGCCGCAAAAUCUACGGGCUUGACGUACCAGUUCCAAAUCAUGUUAUCAAUCGGCGUCCCACGUACAGAGGUCAAGAAAUUUGCAGAACCCCAUCACUGGCUGGAGCACUUCCCGCCGAUCUGUAAGGAGGAUAAUAACGCUAUGGGAAAUCGUAUCGAUUGGAGACGUUCGUUUGUCACAACCGACCUGAACCCUUACUACGAUUCCUUCGUUCGAUGGCAAAUGAAUAAACUGCAUGCACUGGGCAAAGUCAAGUUCGGGGAGCGAUAUACGAUCUACAGCCCCAAAGAUGGACAGCCUUGUAUGGACCAUGAUCGGUCCGACGGUGAAGGUGUCAACCCCCAAGAGUACACUGGCAUCAAGAUGGAGGUUGUAGAAUGGAGUCCAGCUGCGAAGGCCAUUGAAGGCAAAGUCAAUGGUCGGAAAGUAUAUUUAGUCGCUGCGACGUUGCGACCCGAAACCAUGUAUGGUCAAACAAAUUGCUUUGUGGGCACGUCCAUAAAAUAUGGUGUCUUCGCGAUCAAUGAUACAGAGGUAUUUGUAUGCACGUAUCGUGCAGCUCGUAACAUGGCUUUCCAAGGUCUGUCCCCUGAGCGCGGCCAGACUCAACAGCUGUUGGAGAUAGAUGGUGCGGCCUUGGUCGGCACAAAGAUUAAAGCACCAUUUGGAUUAGCUCCUGAGGUGUAUGUCUUGCCUAUGGACAAUGUAUUGUCCACGAAGGGUACUGGUGUCGUCACUUCUGUACCGUCAGAUUCUCCCGAUGAUUUCGCAACCAUCAGCGAUCUGCGCAAGAAACCCGAAUUCUACAAGAUCCAUCGCGAUUGGGUUUCCGUCGAUCCGAUCCCGGUGCUGACGACUCCGACCUAUGGCGAGCUGACUGCGCCCCGCUUGGUUGAGAAGCUGAAGAUUCAGUCACAAAAAGACGUCAAGCAGCUGGCAGAGGCGAAGGAAAUCGCGUACAAGGAAGGUUUCUACAGUGGAGUGAUGUUGGUCGGCGAGUUCAAGGGUCUGUCUGUUCAAGAGGCAAAGCCCAAAGUGCGCGCAAGCAUGAUCGAACAAGGAUUGGCUUUCGCAUAUGCCGAACCCGAGAACCCUGUCAUCUCGCGCAGCGCGGAUGAAUGCGUUGUCGCCCUGAUGGACCAGUGGUAUAUGGAUUACGGUGAACCUGUCUGGAGAUCACAAGCCGAGAGGUUACUGGCAAAGAUGGAGACAUGGACGGUCGAGACUCGGAACUUGUUCGAGGCCACCUUAGCAUGGCUGAAUCAGUGGGCGUGUGCUCGGACAUACGGCCUGGGGUCCAAAUUGCCUUGGGAUCCCCAGUUUAUGGUCGAAAGCUUAAGUGAUUCAACUAUCUACAUGGCGUACUACACUGUUGCGCAUUUGUUGCACGAUGGUGACAUAUUUGGUCGAACACCGGGGCCUCUGGGCGUCAGCGCCGAGCAGAUGACGGACGAGGCCUGGGAAUAUGUCUUCUGCAACGGAGCGUGGCCAAACCCAGAGCCGUUCCCAAGGGAAAAAGCCGACGCGUUGAAGCACGAAUUUAAUUACUUCUACCCUUUCGAUAUGCGUUCCUCCGGCAAAGACUUGGUCCAGAAUAACCUGACGUUCUUGCUUUACAACCACGCCGCCAUCUUUCCUGAAGACAAGUGGCCCAAGGGCAUCCGCACGAACGGACAUCUGAUGCUGAACGGCAAGAAGAUGUCGAAGAGCACGGGCAACUCACUGACGCUGAGGGAAGGCGUACUGAAGUUUGGUGCUGAUGCAAUGCGUUUGUCGUUGGCAGAUGCUGGUGAUGGUGUAGAAGAUGCUAACUUCGAUGAAAAAACUGCUAAUGCAAACAUCCUGCGCUUGCAUACGUUGAUGACCUGGUGUGAGGAAAUAUUCAAGGACGAGUCUAACCUACGUACUGGUCCCAAGAACUCCUACCAUGAUCGCGUGUUCGAGGAGGAGAUUGUCGACCUGAUUAACAUUACGAAGAGUCACUACGACGCAACCGCUUUCAAGGACGCUCUGAAGUUCGGCUUCUACGAGCUGCAGAGCGCCCGUGACUGGUACCGAGAAGUCACCGCCGAAAUAGGGAUGCACGCAGACUUGGUCAAAUAUUGGAUCCGCGUUGCCACCUUGAUGAUCACACCCUUUGCUCCUCACUUUGCGGAGCAUAUCUGGACGGAGGUGUUGAAGGAGCCUCGUUCUGUCCAGCUAGCCAUGUGGCCAGACCCAGAGCGUACCGCAGACAGGUCGAUUGUUGAGACCGGCGUGUACAUGCGUGGAACGCUGAAGACGAUCCGUGAUGCUGAGCUUACGCUGUUGAAGAGGUUGCAGAAGGGCAAGAAAGGCAAGGGCGGGGAAGAUGCGCUGUUCGACCCCAAGAAACCCAAGGCCGUCCGGAUUUAUGUUGCGACCAAGUUCCCUGAGUGGCAGGAGACGUGCGUGCAGGCUGUCAAGGAUUCGUAUUCAAGCUCGGAUGAUAAGGUCGACGACGCGAAAGUGCGCGAUAUCCUGAUAGAGCGAGGGUUGAUCAAGGACAAGCGCGCUAUGCCGUUCAUCCAAGCGUUCAAGAAACGAAUGUCAGAAAUUGGUGUCGAUGCUGCGUUCCGGAGAACAUUGUUGUUCUCCGAGUCUGAGAUUUUGAAGGAGUUGCUGCCGUAUCUGAAAAAGUCUUUGAGCUUGGAAGAUGUGGAAGUCUGCUCUGUUGAAGAGGCAUUGCAAAGAGAGGGUCAUGGUUUUACGCGCACCAUCAUAGAGUCCUCCGAACCUGGAAGCCCUGCUUUCGAGUAUCGCAACGUAUAGAGCUGUGUAGAGCUCCUCCAUUUGUUCACAAAAUACCAUCAUCGCAAUGUACUUACAGGUCAAUUGUAGUUUCGUCACGGUUGUAACGACGUAGUCAUCAGGGAGGACAUCUACUCUUGGGUCGGAUGGUGUGCAUGUUAGUCAUGAUCAUGCUAUCAAUCGUGACAGCGCUGGUGCCAGCCCAGGACUCGCUUGUGACUUAUCCCUGACAUGUUUUGUGUCCAUCGAAUUAAACGCAAACUAGUUUUUUU